GUUUCCAUUCCAUCCUGCCACACUUGGGAACGGCGAUCGGGAAAGCAUGGGGAUCCGGGAGAAACAGCCGCAAAAGUAGUGUCCUCCUGGAGGCGCUCGGGAAGAGGAUGAGUGACACUUCAUCUAGAAUGGAAGUGUGUCCUUACUGUAAGAAGCCAUUUAAACGAUUGAAAUCCCACUUGCCACACUGUAAGAUGACAGGACUGACCAAACCCAUUGAUGGGAAAGUUUAUCCGUUGAAGCCAGCUACCCUCCCACAUGCUAAAAAAAUGAAAGGGCCAAUCAAAGGUUUGAUUCAAGCUAAAGGGAGAGAGUUAGAUAAAGCAAGUGAGGAAGGAGAUGCUGAGAUGAUAAGGGACAAACCAGAACAGACAGUUAAGUCGAUUCCACUGCCAGCUGUUAGUUUAGAAAGAACAAGCACUACAGAGGCAGGUGAAGAUAUCAAGAACCAAAUCCAUCUUUCCUUCCAAGUGUUAAAAAAUACCAAGCCAAAGGCUGCUUUCCAGGGAGAAACUGUGGCUCAGGUUUAUGCAUCAGAGAACACCUCUCCUAAAAGAGAGCUUGCCAAAAAUGUACCUAAAUCAGGGGAAAGUAGUAGUAAUCCUUCAGAAAUGGAAGCAUCUUUACUGGUUGGCUCAAUGGACCCUUCUUUGUCAAAUCAAGAUAGAAAGUACUCCUCAGCUAUACCUGAUGAUGUCCAGACCACCUCUGCUAGUCUGAAAUUGGGCAGAAAUGAUCCCCAAAGAAAGGAGCUUCUAGUAAAAUUACUAGAUGUGCCUACUGGUGAUUAUCACAGUGUUCAAAAGAAUCUCAGUGAUGGAGUUAAAAGAGUAAGGUCAUCAUUAUCAAGCAAUGAGAGAGAUUCUAAAGGCAGGGAUCGCUUCUCAGGAGUUUCUACUGAUGUUAGAGACACCGAGUCUCAGGAAAAAAACACAGACUCACUAAUUUUAAGCCUUAAAAUCAGCUCAUUGGAUAAAAUCCAAGUAAUGGAGAACCAAAAGAAAGGACUUAGCCUUGGAGUAGAGACAUGUAGAGGCAAAGGAAACGCAGAGAAAAAUGUGUUUGUGAAAGAAAAACAGGAAUGGCCUGCCAUGAGUGAUGGCCCUGAGAACUUCAGAACUGCGGAUUCAGCCACAGAGAAGAAAUUUCAAGAUGAAGGAUCACAUUUAAAUUUGUUCAUUUCAAGGGAGGCAGCUGAUAACGAAUUUCUUCCUGUGUCACAGUCAAGGAGUCAAAAUCUUGCCUCUCUAGCUACAGAAUUUUUUCAAGAGGAGAAAGCAGAAGCAUUCAGUCAUCAGGUCCCUGAGGUAAAGGCAUUAAUGGAGCAGAAGAGACAGGUUUCUCUGGAGCCUGAAUCUGGUGGUCACGUCCCAGCAUUGCACGCUGGCUGCCAGUGCCCUCUUCGUUCAGCCCAGCACCACACUGCUCAUGCUGCAGCUGCUGACAGAAAGACCCUUCCCAGUUCCAUGGGCCUGGAGUGGUUUCCAGAGCUCUAUCCUGGUUAUCUCAGGCUGGGGGUGUUGCCAGUGAAGCCUCCGUGUUGGGGUGGAAUGGCCCAGAAGCCGCAGCUCAUCGGUCCCCAGGGGGGGCGACUCUCGCAAGCUCCUUUGUUGGAAAGAAGCUCGGCUGAUAGAAGUUUGGAACCCCCAGCCAGACUUACAACCUCCGGCUUCUCUCUCAUGAGGUUCUUGGGAGCUGUACAAAAAGGCUGGAUCAGGUGCAACGCCACUGUGAAGAGGAGCGGAGUUGGUGGCAUCACGAUGCUCUUUGCCGGGUGCUUCAUCCUGUGUUGUAGCUGGAGUUUCAGGCAUCUGAAAAAAUUAUGCCGGCCCCCAUCCUAGAGAAGUACGAUACCUCCGUGUGUUGGCGUGACAAAGACAGCUGGGGACUGCUGCUCUAACACGUUUGGAGUAGGAAGCACACUGAAGUGGGAGAAGCUUUUCCUGACUUGUCUCUCGUGCCUCAGUGCCCUGUGUUGCCCCGAACUACCCAGAACACAUAAAGGAGUGGUAGCACAAGGGAUAACCUGAUACCCCUCAAGAUGUGUAUCAAGAACAUUUAUACCACUACUCCAAAUAGACUAGUAUCAUCUGUCGUAAUCAUAAUGCUAAAACUUAGUGAAGACGUUUAACUUAAUCACAAUAACUAUUUUAUAUCCCUGAACAUAAGUUCCUUAAUGAGAAGAAUAGAACAGUUUAAUGAUCCAUCAGACCUAAAGGGAUAUCUGCCUCAUAUUGAUUGCCAAGUUUAAGACAAAGGUGACAUCCUGUCAUAAGAGGAGGGCUUUUUGUUUGACAUUGGUCAGUCCCAUGAAUUCCAACUUACAUGUAGUAGGAAAGAACAAAAAAACCUUAACUAACUUCCUUGGAUCAGAUACUGAGAAUUCUUCAAUAAUGUGAUAGGGGUAACUUUCAAGAAGCUGUUGGAAGCAUCUCCACAUUCUGCAGUUAUUUGUAAAUAUCCAUGAAGUGAUGGAGGGAACAGCUUCCUUAUCUGCUUAUUGCUGCCAUCUGGUUUGGGAAAAUAAUUGAAGGCGUUUUAUCAAGCCCAUUAAGGAUCUCUUCAUAAUGUUAGAAAUAGUGUAAGAGAUUUGUUGAGAUAAGCUGAUAGCCUAUGAUUCUUGAGAUUUCAAUGUCAACAAACUAAGUGCUCCGGGAAUAUACCUCCUAACUCCAGUUUGCAAUGCUCUUAUAAACUUGCCUAGUGAGGAUGUGAUUUUUUUUGUAUAUGCAGAUAUAUGCAAACAGUUCAUUUGCACACCAUUUCCCAAUCAUGUAUAUGAUCUGGCAAGUUAAAAGCUUUAUCCAGGCUGAGCACAGUGGCUCACACCUGUAAUCCCAGCACCUUGGGAGGCCAAGGCGGUGGGAUUGC